UGUUUCCCAUGCAAGCUUUCCUGCUUGGCUUCUUCUCACUUCUCCAUCCCUUUUCCCUGGAUGUGCCAGAGGAAGGUCAGAUUGGAUGUUAGGACUAUUACAGUGUCUCGCCACUGUUACCAUAAAAAAUUUCUUCUUUUUAGCCACAUCUACAAAGUCCAAAUCUACCCUCUUUCAGUUUAAAAUCUUGUUACUGAUGAACAGAGAAUGAAAAUAAGUAUUUUUGUCACUUCAGUAAAUGCCAAACAUCAACAUUCCUCUCUUUGCUAAGUUUGUUGAUAAACAUGGGAAGAAGCAAGAAUCCACCAAUUCCUUACUGCUUACAGACUUUGCAGCAUUCUUGAUUCUUAGUUACUGUGCAGACAGCUAGAUUGCAAAUCUGAAAGAGAGGAAAGACUGGGAAACCCAUGGACCCACCCUAAUGAGGAAGAACAGCCAAAUCACAAGAAAUGGUGUGUCUUACUCACUUAGGCUGCCUGUGUUCUUAACAGGUGAGACAUCUCAGUGCCUGCCUUGCCUCUUUGGUCCUAUACCUCAUAGAUACGGCACAAUCCCAUGAUUUUUACUCAUGGAGGUCCUCCCAUGUUUUGUAUGGACCUUAAAGAUUCACCUGAAAGUGACUGACCACUUAACACAGAAAAUCUAUUCCCGUAUUCACCCUCAGAGAUUGCCCAGAUCCUCUGUCUCAAAGAUACUCUUCCUGAGUGGACCAAAGGGUAUUCUUUCCUUAGAAUCAUAACUCUUUUGCCUGUGUGUGAUAGCUUUUGGACAGUAGAUGAUGGAAUCUUUAAGUCUGCAUUUAAUGAAACCAGAUUACCUUCUCAUCACAUUUUUGUCCCUUUUCCAGAGACAGAAGAAAGACUAGGAUAGAUUUAGUUAUUUGGCAGGGUUUAUAAAUGUCUGCUCCAAUACCUACUCUCACAGUAUUCUCAGCUCUGCAGGGAGUAGGAACUCCCUGGAGGUGAGAGGUAGAAGGGGCAGGAAGGAAGACACGGAAUUCUUUGUCUUAUCUUCUCAAGACAAGAAUCUUUGUCUUGAGAUGCUGUCAUGGAGAAUUUUUGCUUCCACGUUAAGAGGGAAGGCAGCUAGGAGCCAAGAUCUUCCUCUUCCUUCUGUGUGGGCCCAGGUCUACUGGUUGUUUCCUCCUAAUUGAUGUGAGAAACAGCCAGCUCAGUCUUCUGCAGCUUCCUUCAAUUCUUGCUAGAUAUAUAUGUUCUCUGUUCCUGCAGAGUUUUCUCCCUUCUCUCUUUAGAAAGAGGAGAUCAUCUAUAGUUGUGUCUGCUCAGGAUCUAAUGUUUGCACUUUUUCUCUCCACUUUGAAUUGCUUAAUACAAUUGAAAUGGAAAAAAUAUUAUUACAUAGGAAUUGGGAAUUCUCUUACAUGGUCACAACUGCUUUCAGUCAAGAGAGUUAAAAUUCUUUCCAAAACAGCUACACCUUGUUCUGCAUAAAUGCCAGGGAGCAGGAAUGUUCCUAGGUUGAGUGUAGGAUGUUAGUUUUCAGGACCAGUGAUAAGAAGAAAGGUGGGGGUAAGAAGUUUGCUGAUCUUAAAUCAAACCUAGUCCUAUGUUUGUCCCCAUGUAGAAUAACUGAGGGACAAUCCCAAAUACAAGCACAAAUACAGGCUGAGUGGCAAAUUAAUUGAGAACAGCCCUGCCAAGGAGGACUUGAGGGUGUUAGUUUGACCAGAAGUUCGACAUGACCUGGCAAUGUACAUUCACAGCCUAGAAAACGAACCUUGCCCUGAGCUGCAUCCAAAGCAGCAUGAACAGCAGGGCAAGAGAGGGGUUUCUACCCCUCUGCUCUUGUUAGACCCUACUUGGAGUGAUGGAUCCAGCUCUGGGGUUCCUAGUAUAAGGAAAACACAGACCUCUUAGAGCAAGUCAAGAGGAGGCCACCAAGAUGCUCAGAGGGCUGGAGCACCUCUCCUAUGGAGACAGGCUGAGAGAGCUGGGGUUGUUCAGCUUGGAGAAGGCUCCAGGGCCACCUAGGACCCCCUUCCAAGUACCUAAAGGGGGCUACAGGAGAGCUGGAGAGGGACUUCUUCUGAGGGCAUGUAGUGACAGGACAAGGGAUAAUGGCUUGAAAGAGGGCAGGGUUAGAUUAGAUGUUAGGAAGAAAUUGUCUACUGAGGAUGGUAAGACACUGGCAGAGGUUGCCCAGAUAAGCUGUGGAUGCACCAUCCCUGGAAGAGUUCAAGGCCAGGUUGAAUGGAACUUUGAGCACCUGGUCUAGUGGAAGGAGUCCCUAUCCGUGGCAAAAGGUUUGAAACUAUAUGUCCUUUAAAGUCCCUUCCAACCCAAACCAUUCAGUAGUUCUGUGAUUCUAUCAUUUAAUAUGAGUUGCUGAAACUAUCUACCUGCUUUUCCUCUCACCUGCACCAUGGUUAGUGUGUCGGUAUAGGUACAUUAAUAUCAAAUCCACAGAAACCAUCAAAAAAACCUUCAGUAUCUUCCAAGACUGUGUUACUACUUUGGUGCAUGAUUUGUAGUAAAACACCCUAAAAUACUUAGAUCUUGUAUUUGUCUUUACAAUGUAGGGCUUCUUCAAACCCAGGGACACAAAGCUGGGAUUCAGACUAAGCCAGCAAUCAAGCACUAGGUUACUGGUCAGCAUAGGUUUUAACCUAUGUUAAUCAGCAGCUUUGACUCGUGAAUCAUACGCAAAACAAUAGUGGAGUGCCAUGACAGUUUUGGUGGAAAACAGCUUCCAGGCAUGACCAGAGAGGAUAAGCAAUACUGUCAUUGUAGAUCAUCUAGUCUUCUCCUGGACUUGCCAUUUUCCUGUGUUUGGAUGACAAGGGUUUGCUUUCAGGGUAGCCAGAUAUGAAGUGUUUGUGAAGCCUGGUGUUGGUGUGGAAUGCUGCCAAGGGAAGGUCCACACCCCUUCAGAGCAGCUCCUUCCCUUGCUGUAGGUGUUGUGCUCAAAGUAAAUCUUCUGAAUCCUGAAUUACAUAAACUGGGUGGGACUGGGUCAUACUCUCAUACCUCAAAGCCUUCCUGUUUGCACAGCCACAGCUGCCCCAGCUCAGCAGAAGACAGCUUUGGGGAAAAGAUGAGCCAGGCUUUCAAACCGAGGUAGCCUUAACGGAGACAGAGCACGUGUCACUCACAGACCUCAAAGGGCUUGGCAGUCAAGGAGUGUCCUGGAGAUGAAACCCUGCGCCACUUACGAGCUGUUAGUGGAUGGUGUUGGGACAUGGGACUUCACUGGAGGUUUUGUUCCCUGUGAGCUGCUCCUUGUUGGAGAAGAUGCCUACCCUGUGCUCCUGAGCGCUAAGAAGCAGGUCCUGAUUGCUGUUUCACAGUAUGGGAAGGGCCGGAUGGUGGUUGUUUCCCAUGAAGGAAUCCUGAAGGGCCCCAAGUUCUCUCAGUUCCUCAGAAAUGCCGUGGAGUGGCUCAAGCCUUGCCCGGAGGCUCUGGUUGGGGUUCAUCCUCGUCUGGAUUCCCUGUCCCAGGUGCUGCUUGGGGCUGGCACCCGAGUGCAGGUGGGGGCAGAGCCCAGCCCAUCCAUGGGGGUGUUCUGUAUGGAUGCCUAUGACAGCUCCCAGGCCAAAGGCGUCGUUGACUUUGUCAAAGGGGGUGGAGGGCUUCUUGUUGGAGGCCAAGCCUGGUAUUGGGCAAGUCGACACGGCAAGGAGAAGGUGCUGUUCGAAUUCCCUGGGAACCAGGUGACCAGUGUGGCUGGCGUGUACUUCACAGGAAACACAGUGGAAAAAGGCAUCUUCAAAGUCGCCAAGAAGAUUCCCAAGAUCCCUUUAGUUGUGCCGCACCAGGCCAACCUGAGCCUUGAUGCCGAAUUUCUCCUGCGUGGUGUGUCGGAGCUGGAUUUGGUGACGGGGGGCAUGCCCUCCACCUUGCUGGUGCAUGGAGCCCUCUCCUUCCCACUGUGCCUGGACAGCUCCCAGCGCUGCCUCUUGGCUGCCGCACGCUACGGCCGUGGCCGUGUGGUGGUGGCAACCCACGAGAGCCAACUCUUCUCCCCAAAGCUGGCCAGGUUCCUGCUCAAUGCUGUCUCCUGGCUGGAUGCCGGGAGGAAGGGGCUGGUGGGGGUGGAUCCCAGCCUGAAAAAGCUGUGUAGCCUCCUGUCUCAGGCAGAGGUGAAGUCGCAGCUGUCACAGCUGGCAGGUGACAUCAGCGUGUACUGCUGCACCUCUUAUGGUGACAGAGAAGCCGAGAGAAUCCACGCUUUCGUUGCAGAGGGAGGCGGCCUGCUGGUGGGGGGCCAGGCCUGGUACUGGGCUUCCCAGAACUGUGGAAAAGCUGCUGUGGCAGAAUAUCCUGGCAACAGGAUCCUGAAUCGCUUUGGGCUGAGCAUCCUGGGGCAGAGUGGCCAGGCAGCCAAGUACCUGCCCGUGGGGCCAGGGGAGCACUACCACUUCCGCAGGGCGCUCCUGCUCUUCAGCACGCAGCUGCAGGGGCACCAGGAGCUCACGGAGCCCCUGAAGGGCUGGCUGCCCCCUCUGGCGCAGGACUGCGCUGCCUUCCUGCACAUCCCAGCCCAUGACUGCCCGGCAUACGCCUCGCUCCACCGCAUCCUGACCAAAGUGCUCAAGAGGACUGGGAUCCCGCAGGUCAGCAGGCACUGCCCGGUCAAGAGCAACUCCAAAGAGGCAGUGCUCCUCUGCAUGGCGACCGAGCUGUCCCUCACCAUGACAGACAGUGCGGCCCUCGUGCAGAAAUCUGCUGCUGGGGCCUGUGGCCUCCCUGUCACUGUGGAAAUCGAUGGCACAAACCCAGGCACUAUCAGGAGAAGAACCCCCAACUUGUGGUACCACAGGACACUUGCAUGGCACAAUGGUUUUGGCAAGAAAGCUUCUUUGAGAAACCCUGGACUCUACACUGCAGGUUGCUGUUCCCAUAGUUGUUCUGAUACAGCUAUCUAUGGAGUCAUCCUACAAAGAGGAAAGACAGCCUGGAGGAGCACAGGGCUCUAUCUCCCUGAAGGGCACACAGCAGUAAUAAUGUGCCCUUGUCUGGUGGUCGGUGCUGGUCUGAAGGUGCAGGUUGGGUGUCACACAGAUGACCUCUCUAAAGCCAAGGAGCUGAAACGGGCACCAGUGGUAAUACGCACCUGUGAUGUUGCCUGCCAGGAACAGUCCAUUUCCUGCCUCUGGGGUGGCCUCAUUUACAUCAUAGUACCAGCAAAGAGUGUCCUGGGGAACGUGCCCAUCACGGUAGAAGGGGCAGUCAGAGCUCCUUUCUUCAAGCUUGGGGAGACUUGUGAAAGGCAGUGGGAGGCCUGUAUCCGGCACUACCCUGCUCCCUGGGCAGAGCUUGCUGUUGAGAAUCUCAUCCUGACGGUGCCUUCUGACAGCAUCCGCCACAUGGAGAACCCACGGCCGCUGCUGACCCUGUGGAACGAGAUCAUGGUGGCGAUAAGCAAGUUGGCAGCCGUACCAGCAAAAUUCCCAAGGCCAGAGAGGAUUGUAACAGAUGUCCAGAUCUCAUGUGGCUGGAUGCAUGCUGGCUACCCCAUCAUGGGCCACCUGGAUUCAGUGAAGGAGAUGUUAGAUGUGAAGCACAUACAAACUGCUGGUCUUUGGGGUCCCAUCCAUGAGCUGGGACACAAUCAACAGCAGCAGGCAUGGGAGUUUCCUCCUCACACCACAGAGGCCACAUGCAACCUCUGGUCUGUCUAUGUUCAUGAGGAGGUGCUGGGCAUUCCCAGGCAUCAGGCCCAUCAGGCACUCAGGCCACAGUGCCGGAAGGAAAGGAUAAAAGAGUAUCUGAAGAAAGGUGCUCAGCUAAAGGACUGGAACGUGUGGACUGCUCUGGAGACAUACCUGCAGUUGCAGGAAGGGUUUGGUUGGGACCCCUUCACCCACCUCUUCUCUGACUACCAGAAGAUAUCCAAAAUCCCAAAAGACAACAGUUCUAAGAUGAACUUGUGGGCACAGAAGUUUUCUCAGCAGGUGAAUAAGAAUUUGGCUCCGUUCUUUACAGCCUGGGGAUGGCCUAUCAAGAAAGAGCUGUCUAUGGAACUGUCCUCUCUACCCACCUGGGAACAGGAUCCAAUGAGAUCCUAUAGUCCGUAAAGGAAAACGAUGUAAAUCUUUGUUCUCAUACUAGCUAUGAGAGCUAUCUUUUUAUGUGCUACAUGAUAGCUCACUAUGUGCUUGGAUUUAUGCUGGAUUUUUGAGCUUCUUGAUGCCAGUGGAGGCCAAUGCCAACAAAAAUUCAACAGGGAUCAGCAGAUCAGCAACCACCUAAGCUAUCUUCUGAAGGGUUAAAUAAUCAAUGAGCUUUGUUCUGGGUUCUUCACCUCAGGAAGAAUGCAAUUCUCCAUUGAUUUACUUCCUAUAGAACUUUUCUCUGAUGAAAUGGAAGUUUUCUGGGUGGAGCAUUCCCUCAACCAGUUUCAAGGACUUUACCAUGGGAAUAGAGAUCUUGAAAGCAAAUAGUAGCCUCUGCAAUGUUGUAUUCUUAAGUUAUAAUCUCAGUAACAUGGGAUUUUCACAAUUGUUUCUGUUACCCUAAAAUCCCUAAUUGUUAAUUCCUCUAAUUAUGCAGAACUUCCACACCUGUUGUGAAAGUGGCUUUAUAAUGCUUAUAAACAUACUAUGUAAUGCAUAGUUGAUAUUGAAAUACUGUAGAUUUCUUCCUCCAUUCUAUAACUCUGUGAUCCAACGCCCAUCUUUAUGUGAACAAGUCAAUUACAAGUUGGAGCUGUCCUCAACCAGAGCCUGACAGCAAGAUACAUGCCAAUGAAGAUGAGAGAGUGGAAACAGGGAGGUGAUUUGACAGUAGUCAGUAAUGGUUUAAUGUGUGGACACAUCAAAGGUUAAAGACAGGCACUGACCUGACAGCCUGAGGGAGCAGCGAGAAAGAAGACAACAGUUCAUCAAGACAGAGGACCAGCCUUUCCAAGGUGCAACAAAAGUUCAUGUUAAUCCCAGCUCUUUCAUAAUUGCUCAGCUAUUAUGGGUUCUGGCAAGCAUGUUAAUGCUUAGCCUCAGAUCUCACUAGUCCCAGCCUAUUCCUUAUGUAUCAGUA